AGCAGUAAUGGCUUCGCUGCUACCUUUCACACAAAUCCGGAGCAACACUGUCAACUUCUUUAUGAGACGGACAUCUGGGGAACUAUGGAAAACGAUCACCAGCGUCUCAAAAUCUGGUCAAAAGAAAGGACGUAUGAACACUAGACAGCCAAUACGUCCACUCAAUAGGUUUUAUCGCAUAGGAUCAAGUCCAAUGAAAGUGCAGUUUCCUGGAUUGAAUGCUCCGUUAAGCACCAAGGAGCCUGAUCCGAAAAUUGUUGAGCAAACGGAAGAAGAAAUCAAAGAAGGCCAGCUGUCGGUUCGGAAAACGUUGGAAGAACAAAAAGAUAUCGGCAAGCGGCGCUUUCGGGAGAAACUACAUCCGCUCGAAAGAGGGUUCAGCGGUACACAGUUGGUUGGACAAAAACUUGGACCACCAGCUCCCGUUGAUGGAAUGUCAUUCAAAGAUUUUGAGACCUAUUGUCUUGAGGUCAAAAGAACAUCGAACAUGACGAGAGUUUUUGGGCGUGUUCACACAAUGGCUGCCCUCGUUGUUACUGGAAAUGGCAAAGGACUCGCUGGAUACGCAGUCGGAAAGGCCCCUCUUCACAGGACUACAACGGCCAUCGUCAAUGGCAUGAAUAUGGCCGCUAGGAAGCUGUUUUACGUUGAUCUUCUCGAGGGUCGUACUAUCUACCAGGAUUUUUACGCCGAAUGUCGCAAUACUCGAGUGUUUGCUCAACGACGGCCUCGUGGAUUUGGUCUGACAUGUCAUCCUAGGCUAAUCAAAAUUUGUGAGGCAAUCGGAAUCAAGGACAUCUAUGUAAAGGUCGAGGGGUCUACAAAAAACUACUUGGCCUUGACGCAUGCUUUUGUAACCGGGUUGUUGAAUCAAGAAACCCAUCAACAGUUAGCAGAACGAAAAGGGCUACAUGUGGUAGAGAUGUCACCAUCAAGACACUUCCUUCCACAAGUUGUUGCUUCUCCGAUACUCACACCCUUGAAAGAAGAGGAUGAGCUCGAAGAUAUCGAUCGUUUGAAUCUGGACGAUUUUUACGGAGAGGGAAGGUAUCCUUUGAGAAAGCCUAAGCCUUUGCCUUUCUACGUGAACACACCGGGACACAAAGAGGCUGAGUGGCGGAAACAUCCCUAUAGGAACCAAGAACAGGUUAUGAUACGACUUCUCGCCGAUGGAGUUGUGCCACGAUGGACUCGAGAUGCUCGCCGUAAAUGGUCGGAGGAACGGCACGAGCAGGCAACAGCGGGCGUGGUGCAGUUGCCGACCGGCAUCGGCCUUACCGACAUCGUUCCCAAGAAAGAAUGAAGUUUGCAUAUCUCGUCCACUUACUCUCAGGAAAUUGUAUCAAACGCGAGUCUUUCACAUUUUGAAGAAUCUGUAUUAAGUUCUUUGUUUCAUCUGAUCUGAGCCAAAGGUGUGCCUGUCAUAAUCCGUUGAGUAUAUAGUUGGACCUUACAAAUAGGAAAGUGUAGUUUUCGUUAUACUGUUACGGUUAGUAUCCCAUUCUGGCUCGACUGCACUGCUGAACAGCUUCGGUUACUUGUGGACUGGGCCAAAACCCAGUGGAUUCAAUACUAAUAGGUCUAGUUGCACCGCUUUCAUCAAAAUUGAACUUGAAUUGACGACUAUUGGUCGUUGUGAUUUUUAGGUAAUUAGUUUGAUAGUCUUGUAGGAUAUUUAUGAAAACCAAGGUUUUCUAUGCAUGUUAGAUUGGCGAUUGAUAUCUGUUACACUUUUUCUUUUUCGAUACUGAGAUUCAACUUCUCAAAAAUCUCAAACUCUCUUCGUAGGAGAUGACAAGAUUCCACUCAGCGGCAUAUUGAUGAAGUAUAUACUAGCAAAUCUACAAAGUUUUGUAAGCACUCUCAAAUUUUUCUUAGAUUUCGGGUGUUGUCCUUUUUUCUUCCAUAAUUCUCAAAUUUAU